UUUGCACAGUGGUUAAGCGCUAAGUUGCUAAUUGAAAGUUAGGCAGUUGGAACCCACCAGGUGGUCUGCGGGAGAAAGGUGUGGCAGUCUUCUUUAAAGAUAACAGCCUUGCAAACCCCAUGGUGAAUUUGUACUUUGUCAUACAGGGUUGCUUUGUGUUGGAAUCGACUUGACAGCAAUGGGUUUGGUUUUUGUGUGUGUGUGUGUGGUACUAUUAGUUGAGAUCCUCCUGUUCACAAAGGCAAUUAUUUCUAAACCUCACAAAGAAGGUAAUAGCAUUAACUAGAUUUUUAAUAAUGAAAAAAUAAGGUGCCAGGAGUUAACUGACAAAUCAGUAGGAUGUGACAGGUCAUGUUUAAGACAUGGAUUUUCAACUCAGAUAACCUUUAUUCACUAACAUAGAGCUACCAGAAUGAAGGAGGUAUGGGCAUUAGCACAGAAAAGUACAUACUUGAGAGCUCACAUAACAUGUUUUCAAUUAGUGUGUUGAGGGUCAUAUCAAAUAAGAAAUUGGUUUAUGUGUAUAGAUUCAAGUAGGAAAAUUAGAACCAGUGAAUAGAAGCUCAAAAGAAAGAAAUUUUUGCUAAAGUAUCUACAUUAUUAUAAACCCACUGCCACCAAGUCAAUUCCAACUCAUAGUGACCCUAUAGGACAGAGAAGAGCUGCCCCAUAGAGUUCCCAAGGGGCACCUGGUGGAUUGAAAUUGCGGACCUUUUGCUUAGCAGCCUUAGCUCUUAAUCACUUUGCCACAUUUAAAAUAGCAAAGUGCUACUUGUGACUGAAGAGAGUCAGUGUCAUUGGAAGGACUCAAUAACAAAAUACAGGUGGUAUUGUAAAAGGUGAUGACUAGCUGAGAUGCCACUUGGCAGUUAAUUGAAUGUUGCUUUCACUUUCUCCAGCCUACACAUUAGCUACAUGGGAGCAGAAAACCAAACAGCAUUUUCAGAAUUUUUCCUCCUGGGCCUCUCAGAGGAUACUGAACUUCAGCCCCUGUUAUUUGGACUCUUUUUGUCCAUGUACCUGGUCACUGUCCUUGGGAACCUGUUCAUCAUUCUGGCUGUCAGCUCUGACCCCCACCUCCACACCCCCAUGUACUUCUUCCUCGCCAACCUGUCCUUUGUUGACAUCUGUUUCAUCACCACCAUGGUCCCAAAGAUGCUGGUGAACAUCCAGACACAGAGCAAAGUCAUUUCCUAUAUAGGAUGCCUCACUCAGGUGUAUUUCUUCAUGAUUUUUGUUGGGCUGGACAAUUUUCUCCUGUCCUUGAUGGCUUAUGACCGGUUCGUGGCCAUCUGUCAUCCUCUGCACUAUACAGUCAUCAUGAACCCCCAGCUCUGUGGAUUCUUGGUUCUGAUGUCUUGGGUCAUUGUUUUCUGGGUCUCUCUUCUUCAUAUUCUACUGAUAACAUGGCUGAACUUCUGUAUAGACACUGAAAUUCCGCAUUUCUUCUGUGAACUGGCUCAGGUUAUCAAAUUGGCCUGCUCUGAUACCCUCAUCAAUAACAUCUUUUUAUAUAUGGCGACCGCCCUGCUGGGUGUGUUUCCCCUCUCAGGGAUCCUUUUCUCUUACUCUCAGAUUGGCUCCUCUUUAAUGAAGAUGUCUUCUGCUGGGGCCAAGUAUAAGGCAUUUUCUACCUGUGUGUCUCACCUCUCUGUGGUCUCUUUGUUCUAUGGAACAGCCCUUGGGGUCUGUCUCAGUCCUACUGUGAUCCAUGCUUCCCAGAGAAGCUCUAUUGCCUCAGUGAUGUACACUGUGGUCACACCCAUGCUGAACCCCUUCAUAUACAGCCUAAGGAAUAAAGAUGUGAAGGGAGCCCUGGGAAGGCUCCUCUGUAGAGCACCCUCUUGUCCAUGAUGACGGCCACUGGCCUAGGGCUAAAUGGACCUCAUGUUCCCCAAAGCCAAAAAUCAUGAAUUUAAAUACCCUGAUUCUUUUU